AUGGACGACACGGGAGCUUCGGUAGAUGUUAGUAGGGCUGCAGCGACAAGAAAACGUCGUUCCUCAAUCCUCAAGAGCCAGAGACCUCCUCGCACACCUUUCUCCGAGUUGGAAUUCAAAGUUGCCACUCCGACUGACACAGCAAAGAGCAGGCGUGUCAGUUUCAGCAGAAGAACUGGUGUCGCUGAAUUCGUCAAAAACGAAGCAACUACUACUUGGAAGAAUUUCUACGAGGAGCACAACAAAUCUUUAGAGUCAUCUGGUAACGAAUCAUCGGCUAAUCCUCGCCAGGUCAUAGAACAUAUCGGGAAACGGAUAUUCGACCAGCAAUUCGAGGAAAUCGAGGUGGUGGAUAUAGGAGGCACUCUCCAAACACAUGCCAACCAUCAAAGCUCAACCAAUAAUGCCAGUAUACAAGAAUUUAACACAAACGAUAAACUAACAGAACCGAUGCAACACUUCGAAUUGAGCUCAAUGACCGAUCACCAAAGCAGGAUAUUCGGUGACGAGCUCAGCAUGCCAGUUAUGACAGAAAUGACGAAUCCGAUUAACAUAAACUUCUCGAAUCUAAAUACUAUAGGAGAUAAGUGUGAUGAUUUGGAGGAGAUCGAAAGAGAUCUUGAGCGACCGCUUCAGAAGAAUGUGAUUUGUCCAGGCCCAUUCACAGGGAGGGAUGUGUCGGAAUAUAUUGAGGUCGAUCUGAACAUGACCCACGUCGUUAACAAGUCUGAUGAUUGUGAUAUGUCCAUAACGGAACCAAUACAGAGCCCUAAUGUACAAACAUUGCCCAAAACUAACUCCUUCAAGGAAAAUCCAGACGAUUGGAUAGUAGAUAAAGAGAAUAUAGUUGUCAAUCCGUACAUAACACCGAAGGAGUCCAAAAAUUUCGCGUUAAACGACGCAGAUGAUAAAAUUUUAGUGUUUGAUGGCAAGAAAUUGACUGUCCAGUCUGAUAAAGAACUGAUAAGAGAUGCAGAUGAAAAGGACAAAUACCGCUGCCUGCUACCAAACAGUUCGGCCACCACGCCUCAAAGGAAGACAAUAUUCUUAAACGUGAACGACGAUUUACCCAACUUUGUUCCCACUUCUGUUAAUCAAAAUAAUAGUCAGACAAUGAAAUCUGACGAUAAACCUAAAAGAAAAACCAUCGUGUUUGAUGAUGAUGCAGAUAUUUCUAUAACUCAGGCGCUCCCAGCAAAAGUUAUUAUAGAUAAAACAGAGAACAACGCUACUUCCUAUGAUAAUAACUUAUCAAUUACUCAAGCGGUUGUCAGUAACUUAGAUUCAAAAAGAAAGACUAUAGUUUUCGACGAAGGCGCAGAUAUCUCCAUAACUCAGGCAAUUCCUUCAAAUGUUUUUAUCAAAGAAAAAACUAAAGAAACUUUAUAUGAUAAUGAUGAUAACUUAUCAAUUACUCAAGCGGUUGUAAGUAACUUAGAAAAUCCUAAAAGGAAGACAAUAGUGUUCGAAGAAGGUGCAGAUAUAUCUCUCACUCAAGCAAUUCCGUCUAAAGUUAUAAUUGAUAAACAAAAGAGUAACACUACACUAUAUGAUAAUGAUAAUAACUUAUCAUUUACUCAAGCGGUUAUAAGUAACUUUGAUAAACCAAAAAGAAAAACCAUAGUAUUUGAUGAAGGCGCAGAUAUUUCUAUAACUCAAGCAAUUCCUUCCAAUGUUUUUAUCAAAGAAAAAACUAACGAAACUUUAUAUGAUAAUAACUUAUCAAUUACUCAAGCGGCUAUCAGUAACUUUGAUAAACCAAAAAGAAAGACCAUAGUGUUCGAUGAAGGUGCAGAUAUAUCUAUAACUCAAGCAAUUCCGUCUAAAGUACUAAUUGAUCAACCAAAAAAUAACCUUACGCUAUAUGAUAAUGAUAAUAACUUAUCAAUUACUCAAGCGGCUAUGAGUAACUUUGAUAAACCAAAAAGAAAAACCAUAGUAUUUGAUGAAGGAGCAGAUAUUUCUAUAACUCAAGCAAUACCCUCUAAAGUCCUUAUUGAUAACCAGACAGAUAGAGCUCCGAUUAAAGAUGAAACAUUAAAAAACACACAAGCAUUUAGCAAUGGUCAAAAACGAAAGACGAUAAUUUUCGACGACGACGCCGAUAUAUCUAUGACCCAAGCGAUUCCUUCAAGAGUUCUGAUUGAAAAAGAAAAUAUCAAUGCUACAAUAUUUAAUAAUGAUUCUAACUUAUCAAUAACUCAAGCCGUACCCGUUAAUAUUUUUAACGAUAAACGAAAUACCAUUGUACAAAAUGAUAAUCCAUUCCAAAUUGAAGAUUUUACGAUGAAAGAUACCAAAACCGGACAAGACAAAACAAUGAUUUAUGAAAACGAUCACGAUUUAUCAAUAACUCAAGCAAUUCCAGCCAAUAUAAUAAAAAGUCAUGAAAUUUAUAAUGAUAUGAUUUCAACAAACCAAAAUGCAAAUGAUAAAGUAGUUGAUGAAGUUUUAUCAAAUGAAAUUGAUAAACGAUGUACUGUAUUUAAUGAUAAUUUAUCAAUGACUAAGGCUAUUUCAAAUGUGUUCAUCGAUAAAGAAGUAGAUACAAACACAAAAAGAAAAACUAUUUAUGAUAAUGACAUGUCCAUGACAAUAGCGAUGCCAUCAAAUGUGAAGCAAUCAAUUAAACCUGAUAACGCUAUAAGUUCUAAUGAUAUUUCUGUACCGCGAUCUUCAAAGAAUUUUAUAGAUAAUGAAGAAAAAAGUAAUAUGUCUCUCGCGAAAAAUUACAUUGAUAAUGAUGAUGUAAAGAAAAGUGAUAAAUUAAUUCUGGGAAAUUCAUACGGUAACGCUAGUGUGGCCAUAACGAAGCCCAUACCUUCGAAAUUAUUAGAUCUACAACAAGAUAUAUUAAAGAACAAUAAAAGUUUUAGAAACGAAGAUAGUAAGUUAAUUGAUAAUAAUCACGACGUAUUAGUGUAUCAGGCGAAAGAAUCUAUAACUCUGGCGCAGUUAAAAAAUAUGAAUGAUGAUGAUGAUAAAAAUGUUGAAGAAAGUAAUUCAGUGGUAAAAAUCUCUGAAGCACCCACAGUAAAAGAUAAGAGUGAUAUCUUUGGAAUGUUUGCUCCGAUGAUAGAAGAUAAGACUGAUUGUGAAGUUGAUAAUGAAGUUGUGGAUAAAGUUGAAUCUAUUGAAGUCGAACCCCAAAAACCUCCAGCCAGCGAAUCAUUUGUUACCAAGACCAGCUCUGAAGAACAAAGAUGUGUCAAAAAAACUCUUCUCAACGAGCUUUUAGACAUGUCUUAUUCUUCUCUAAACGAUUCUCUCCCAGAACCUAAGAAUCCAUUCAAAGUUGAAAAUAACAUUGAAAUGCAAAUAAACGAAUCACAUGAAUCAAUAAUCAACAAGGAGAGUGAUGAUUUGGAAAAUAAUGAAUUAAUUGAAAAUCAAUCGUUGGGUGAAAAGAGAGAAUCGGUACGACAAAUUACAUCAAAACUGCCAGCGAUAGAAUACAGAGAAGAUUCGGAAAACGUUCAUCAUUUGCAGAACCAAAUUGAUAAUCUGAAGGUUACGCUUGAAGAGAAGAUGUCUAAUAGACAUUACGAGACCGUAUUGAGUUCAGAUCUACAGCAAAGUCUAGAUCAGUUGAACAAGACCGAAAAAGAACAGAAUGUAUCUAGGAAUCUGAAAAAGUCAUUCAAAAACGCAGACGAUACCAACGAGCUACUGGAAAUGCUCUCGAAUUUCACAGAAGGUGAUGAAGAAGAAGUUAAGCCGACCAUACAGAACAAACCUGAGCCAAAGAAAUUGAGUUUCGCACCAAACAGACGGUCAAUAGUUCUCAGUAGAGAGGAUUUACUUAAUAAUAUUUCCAUGGCAAACGCAGCGUUACAGCAAUCGAGAUUUGAAAUGGAUUUCAGUGAAAGCAUAGAAGAUACGCAAGAUUUAACCGAAGAAGCGAUCCAGGAGGAAAACAAUUCAAAAAGAAAGUCUGUUAGGAUGAGCAAUGAAGUUGUUAAAACACUUCAAUUUGACGAAGACGAUUCAAUAAGCGAAAGUAGCGUCGUAUCAGAAAUAAAAGCGUCGCCGCUUAAGAAAACAGCUUUCGGCGAAGUCUCCUACAUGCAUGAGAGUAAAGCGAAAGUCAUACCAUCAUAUUUAAAAGACGUUUCCGAUAAUUUGAAAGCGCUGAUGAUUGAUUUGGUGAAGCCAAUGGCUGAUGUUCUGCCGUUCGACACCAGCGGUCCUGAUAGAUUAGCAAAACCUCCGUCCACAUGCAGCACGCAGAUACAAGCUAAUCUUAUAACAUCUAGCCAGAUAGAUAUAGAUACAGAAUUACAUUCGAACACAGCAUCUUUACACAGCGCUAAACCUAGCGAGACUAUUAUAAGAGAGGUAGCUGCUGCUGGGAAACAGGCGAUAUCUCAAGCAUUAAAUAAUUCAAAUCAACCAGUUUCACAUAGCGUUUCCUUUGAUGCACGCAGACAUGAGAUAAGAAUACCCGAAACCAAACCAUCGCCACGUAAAACAGUCGGACCAGUUAUUGUAUUCGAUCAUACGAAUCCCUUAAACAACGUAGUCCUAGCACAGCCAGAUAAUGUUAAAGUACACAGAUACAACCCAUUACAGUCUGAGAAUAUGAACUCAGAAUUUAAUACUGCUACAGAUAGUACCAAUAAAAUGGAAACUCAUUACGAAGUGGAGCGUGUCUCUACGUGUUAUAAUGUUGAAACUAAUAACCAAUCUUCUUUACAAUCCGGUGAUGCAGGUACCGAUGUAUUGAAAAUGAACAGUAUUGUAUCGAAUAUGAGCAAACCAGUAUCAAUAGAUAAAUCCAUAGAAGGAUUUUCGUUACACGUCAAAAACACGGAAGUCAAUACGCUUAUAAGUAUGAAAGAAACCAAAGAAAUUUUAGAGGCUAACUCAUCACUUACAUUGGUUGAUGAUGGUUUUGGACGUAGUUCUUUCGAUCUCAAGUUAUCGUCAGAAGUUACACAACCCGUCCUAGAUCAGACAUCGCCAGUGAGAGUGAUUUACAAAAUGCAAGAAGACGAACUAUUGGAGAAAUUAGAAUCUGAUUUAACAUCCGUCGAGGAUUCCAUCGACGAAGAAUACAAACGAAAAAAACGCACCUACAGUCCAACUAAACGCGACAGAAACAAAAACACACCAAACGUAGACAUCACUCCCAAGCCUGCUAACAAAAUGCAGAAAAUUUCAAACAGCCCCAAGCAAAUAAAUCCAGAAAAAUCAAAACGAUCUCCAAAACCCAAAGACAGAAGUCCAGAGAAGAAAUCAAAUGUCAGUCCCAAAAAAGAAGUGGACCAACAGUUGUUAAAUGCCAAAAACAAUGAAGAAAUCCAAAAAACAGUAAUAGAAACUAUAAAUAGCUCAACCACGACUCUAGAAGAGGAUAUUUUGUUUAGCAACCAAGUCAGAGAUCUAAAUAGUUCGAACACAGCUUCAUUUAAAAGCAGCAAGUGUGGUAUAGCAAGUAGCGAUUCUCAUACGCUUUCAGCUGUUGGCAGUAAUAUCUCCAGAGUUAAUUGGCAAACGGAUUUAGUGAACGAUUUGAGUUCCAAAAACAUUAUGAAGGAGUGCAGUUCCGGUGACAACGUGGUCGCCAAAAUAAAUACUCUACCGUUUAUGGGUUCUCGUGACUGUGAAUGGGAAUCAUCCACUGGUGACGUAUGGAUGUUCCGUCUCCUUCGCACCCGUAUGAGGCUGAUCAUCCGUCUCGCUCACACACUCCAUAAUGCUACCCGCUCGCGCGUGAGAGCCGACACUCCUAUAGUGUCGAUCAAUGUGGAUUCCGUUUUGGAAGACGAGUCGGAUCCUCUCGCGUCGCUAGUAAUACGUUUCUCUCGAGACGCGAUGCGUGCCGUCUGUACGAGGUGCAUCUCAGCCAGGGACGUGCCUCAUCUGUUGAGAUGCUGCGCCGCCAUAGCCAGGGUCGCGCCUCGCUGGGCCCGCGCUAUGAGGGACGCGAGGGCCAGGCUCGCUUAUAAACUUGGACCGGGAGGAGAAUUGACGCUUAAGGUGGCGAACAUCCAGCUACGUUCGGUGUGGGAGGUGCGCAUGCGCAUCAAGUUAGUGGUUGAAGACGAUAUGGAGUCGUGGCCGUGCGCGAGCGACGUGCGCGUGUGUCCCGUACUGGCAGACACUGAUAAGAUACCGAAUGUGGAGAACAUCAUGCAGACGAUCAAGAGGGACUGGGGACACGCGCCCGCCGCUAUAUGGAAAAUCUUCAAGCAUCUUAAAAAUAAAACGAGAAACGAAGACCUACUGGGAGUUUGA